UUGAUGAAGCUCACGGGAAGGCAUUUUAGGGGCUGGAUAUUUUAUAGUUCAUAAUGUAGGCUACACUUCAGUAGGUGAUAAUGUUAUUACACCAACCUUGAACAACUAAAAUCUGAUUUGUGCCUUAAAAUAUAUUCACAACAUUAUAAUAAUACACGUGGUAAAAUAAAAUAAAAAAACAUCUGAUGACUUAAUCUCUUGAUGAAGUUCAUCAAAGUUGGACUUUCCAUGAACACCGGCUAAUAAUAGACAGAGCACAGAGUAUUAAACAAACACAAAACUCUACCAGGGAAACAUACGUUAAAAACAUUACUAAAUAAACAGCAUAAAUCAAAUAUAAUCUAUCUAUCUAUCUAUCUAUCUAUCUAUCUAUCUAUCUAUCUAUCUAUCUAUCUAUCUAUCUAUCUAUCUAUCUAUCUAUCUAUCUAUCUAUCUAUCUAUCUAUCUAUAUAUCUAUGUCUGUAACCUGACUCAGUUGUUUUUUUAUUGUAUGUCGAUUAAAGAAAACCUGAUUUAGAUUUAGAAGCCUUUAGACUAAGACAAUAGUAAUACAAUGAAAUAAUAAUAAUAAAACAAUAGGCCUCAAAGUCAAGACCCAAUAAGCUAGCAUAUCUUAACCUAUGCUAAAACUGUAAUACUACAAUUGUGUUGCAGCUAGUAAUCAAAGUUGCUAUGGAUGCAGGCUAUUAGACGUCAUUUACUGAAAAUAGAUGGAAAAUAUGAGAUAAUAAAAGGCACCUCUCUAAGAAUAGUAGUUCGAUCUUUCACUGGCAGGUGGCAGCCUGCCAGAAAAAGAUCCAGUUUCCUCCCCAUCUCAACCUUCUCCUCACUCAGACCUGCUUUGCAUACUUGAAGCAAUCUUUGAAAAAAUAUUAGAUCACGAGUCUAAAACAACAUAAAAGAAAUAACCAGUAAUAACCAUGUUUGGUCUAAACAAUAGGCCUACUGACUUGACAUUACACUUUUGACUGCACUGCUCAGCCAUAUAACAGCGCCACAGUUCCAUCUGCUGGUAAGCGCCGGUAUAGCACGCAUUUUCCCUGUGAGAUGCUGAUUGAAGACCACCGCAUUACUCCAUUCUCUGGCGAGAGAUGUGACUCAGCAUUAUCAGAGUAAAUAAGGUGAAAAUACAGUCAUUCUCCACAAAUUAAACUAAUAGACUUAGGCUACUUGAAACUAUUUCCGUAUCAUUUAAAUACGACCGUUUUUCUUUUACAUUGGCUAACAAUACUAACCAUGGAUCAAUUCCGCGGCUUAUUUGAUAGACUCGACAAGAAUAAAGACGGGUUUAUAUCUACAGAGGAGCUGCAGAGUGAAAUGCGAAGAAUAGGUGUGGAACCAGUUUGUGAAAAGGUUCAGGCUAUCAUGUCCAGUUAUGACCAAAAUGAGGAUGGACGUCUAAGCUAUCAGGAAUUUCUUAUUUACAUGAUGGACAAAGAGAAGAAAUGGAAAAUAGAUUUCCAUGCCCUUGACAGAAAUAAAUGUGGAUCCAUUGACCUGGACGAUAUAAUGUCUCUGUUUAAGGAAUUAGGUUUGGUCAUAUCAAAACCCAACGCAAAGCGGAUCAUUCAAAUGAUGGAUGAAGACAACUCUAUGACGGUAAACUGGGAGGAAUUCCUCAAGCACGUCAUCAUUAACCCAGCAGAAAACAUUGGAGAGUUGGUAUCUUCCUGGAAACAUAACCUGGUGUUUGAUGUAGGAGAGAGCCGCUCUAUGCCUGUUGAGUUAACCCAGCAGGAGACUGACCUGUCUAUCUGGGGGAACUUUAUAUUGGCCGCAGGUUUGGCAGAUGCUGUGUCUAGAACUGUGACCGCACCAAUAGACCUGUUAAAGACACGACUUCAGGUUUUUGGAUCUAAAGCUGUGUCUCUGGGAUUCCGAGAGCUGCAGACUGGAGGUUUUAGAUCCUUGUGGCAAGGAAAUGCCGUGAAUGUUCUUAAAGGAACACCACAAUCAACGCUUCAGUGCUUCAUCUAUGCCCAGAUGAGGAUGUACACACUUGGCGAGAGGGACAGUCUGUCGGUCCAUGAAAGGUUUGGUCUGGGCUGUGUGUCAGGGGCCGUGGCACAUGCUGCGUUCUACCCCUUAGAGGUGUUGAAAGUUAGACUCAAUCUCCAGACUGGUGGUACCUACAAUGGAGUUUUGGGAUGUGCGAGGCUGAUUUACCAGAACGAGUCUGUGGCAGCUUUCUACAGAGGGUUCAAACCCAGCAUACUCUGCAUGAUCCCUUAUGCUGGAGUGGAAUGUGCAGUGCAUCAGUCAAUAAUGAGCUGGGUUAAACACGAUUCAGAGCACUUCAGUGACUCCAAGCUCUUCCUCUUCAGUUUUGCAGCAUUUGCAUCAGGACAGGCCACCAGUUACCCUCUUGCUGUCAUCCGAACUCACCAGCAAGCUCAAGCUUUCUGUUCAAGCUCACAGAAGCCUACAGAUGCUCUUCAAGGACUCUUUGGAAUCUAUGAGAAAUAUGGAGUCAGAGGUUUUUAUAAUGGAAUGGGUGCUAGCUUUCUAAGAGCGGUUCCUUGUGCCUUACUGAAUUACACCCUGACCUCAAAAUUUGAGAUAUUGCUUUCUUCAUUGUUAUAAUGUUGAACAAUGCUUCAGGAAUUAUGUCAUGAACCUUGUUUAUUUAUUGUUUUUAUUCAUUUGAAUUAUGUUAAAUUACAUAGAGUCUUGGGUUAUCUAUUAUGGUAACAACUUAUGACUAUGGUAUCAGUAUCACAUUUCAAGUACACAAGCACAGUAUCUGUAUUGUGCAUUCAUAUUUGCAGCACUGUAUUGGGUAAAUAUGUAUUUCACAGAUUACAAUAUGGUUUUUUGCCAUGUUUCCAACCUUCCUGACAUCAUAAAUCUUUAUUUGCUCACUGCUAUAAACUUAAUCACUAUAUAAAACUGGUGUUAAAUUGUAAGGCAUAUUCAGCUUUAUAAAAUCUGGCAUUUUUUUCCUUUAUUAAUUUAUAUUUCCUUUUAUGCUAAGCUCCAUAUGCUAAUAAAUUCCAUUAACACCCUU